GAUUCGUUCUUGAGUCGGACAUCGCUACUCCCUCAGAGAAAUUGACAGCAGCUGGGUCGCCUAUGUGAGCAAACCCGAAGGACAGACACGGCAGAAAAUAAAACUCUGCCGUUACAGUGGGCUCCCCCUUCCCCUUUCCCCCACCGUUUGAGCGUACAUAUCAACAAGCCGACCCGGACGAGCGCUCUGACUCCGUUUCCCCGCUCUUACAGCGGAGCGGUCAGGACUUUUCUUCCUCGCGAACUGAAACGUCAGUAGCUUAGCCAAGCUAGCGGGCUAACGCGACUAGCUGGGUUCAGCUACAAAGAGGAAUUACAAUUAUUCCACCGAGAGACACUGAAGAAUGUCGGGGAAGGAGCAGAAUAAACAAUCCACCACCGAACGGCUCGUUAAAGCAGUGCCGUACCCUCCCACAACACGGCUCACCAUGAAAGAGCUGUACGAGGACGGCAAGCCCAAGGUGGAGCUUUUGAAGAGCCACCUGGUGAAAGAGGGCCGCCUGGAGGAAGACGCGGCCCUAUGCAUCAUCAACGAUGGCGCCAACAUCCUCCGCAACGAGAAAUGCAUGCUGGAAGUGGAGGCCCCCAUCACAGUGUGUGGAGAUGUCCAUGGGCAGUUUUUUGACCUGAUGAAGCUCUUUGAGGUGGGGGGUUCCCCGCACAAUACACGCUAUCUAUUUUUGGGAGACUAUGUGGAUCGAGGCUAUUUCAGUAUUGAGUGUGUGCUCUAUCUUUGGGCCUUGAAGAUUAACCAUCCGACCACCCUCUUCCUCCUCAGAGGCAACCACGAGUGUCGGCAUCUCACGGAGUACUUCACCUUUAAACAAGAAUGCAAGAUUAAGUACUCAGAGCGCGUGUAUGAUGCCUGCAUGGAGGCCUUUGACUGCCUUCCCCUGGCCGCUCUGCUCAACCAGCAGUUCCUGUGCGUUCACGGAGGCCUGUCCCCAGAGAUCACCUGCCUCGAUGACAUCCGGAAAUUAGACAGGUUUAAAGAGCCGCCAGCUUUCGGGCCGAUGUGCGAUCUGCUGUGGUCUGACCCUGGCGAGGACUACGGCAGCGAAAAGAGCUCCGAGCACUUUUGUCACAACAGUGUGAGAGGAUGUUCCUAUUUCUACAGUUACCCUGCAGUAUGUGACUUUCUGAUGAAUAACAACUUGUUGUCAGUUAUAAGAGCACAUGAAGCUCAAGAUGCAGGGUAUCGAAUGUACAGAAAAAGUCAGACAACAGGCUUCCCCUCUUUAAUCACAAUCUUCUCUGCACCAAACUACUUAGAUGUGUAUAACAAUAAAGCUGCUGUGUUGAAAUACGAGAACAACGUCAUGAACAUCCGGCAGUUCAAUUGCUCUCCUCACCCGUACUGGCUGCCCAACUUCAUGGACGUGUUCACGUGGUCACUGCCCUUCGUCGGGGAGAAAGUAACAGAGAUGCUAGUCAACGUGUUAAACAUCUGCUCAGAUGAUGAGCUCAUGUCAGAGGGAGAUGACACAUGUGAAGGUGGCACCCCGGCAGUCCGCAAGGAGGUGAUCCGAAAUAAGAUCCGUGCCAUUGGAAAGAUGGCCAGAGUUUUCUCUGUUCUUAGAGAGGAGAACGAGAGUGUGUUGCAGUUAAAGGGCUUGACCCCCACUGGGACGUUGCCUCUGGGUGUGCUGUCAGGAGGCAGACAGACCCUACAGAGCGCCACCAUAGAAGCAGAGGAAGCACGAGCCAUCCAAGGCUUCAACCCUCAACACAAGAUCCAAAGCUUCGAGGAAGCACGCGGACUGGACCGGAUAAACGAGCGAAUGCCUCCGCGCAAGGACACCAUGCAGCCAGACGGCACUGCCAACUCUAUCAACGCAGCCAAUUCCCCCGACAAGAACGGCACCAACGCACAGGCGUAGUAACCCAGCAGCUACUUAACGCUCUCCCUCAUCCUUUCCUUUCUGUCUCUCUCUUUUUUUCCCGUCUGUCUCUCCCUCUGUUUUCCUCUUAUUCUCUCUCUUUUUGGUAGAGGUGAUGCCCCCUACAUGCAAAACUCUCCAGGACCAUUUCGGGGAGAUUCGCACAAUACCAUGAAGAGGACGUAGUGAAAAACAAACCAUGGUUCUUAUUUAUUUACUGAUAUAGAUGAUAAGAAAUGUAAGAUCUGUAAUGGUGGGAAAAUUGAGAUGAAUGAAUACGUGCAUGAUGAAUAUUACAAGUGUAUAUAAAAUACAGAA